AGCCUGUGGUUUAUAAGGGAUCUAAAACCAGGAGAGCUAAGGGGUGUGAAAUAUCUACUUGGAGCAAACAAAAAACAUUUUUUCUUUAAAACUGAAAUCUGGAACUGUUUUGGAGUGCGGUUAUGAUGUCCCAGUAUACCGCUUUGAGCAGCCUGUUAGCUGACGAUCCUUUCCUCAGCCAGGAAGGGAUCCUUUGGCCACUGCACCAUGAAGCUCUUUCCUCGCUGCAGCAGAAUUUCUUCAGUCGGAGAGCCAAGCUGGCUGAAAGCCUCCUCAGGGAGCUCCAUGACGGACCACAGCUUCUCAAACUAGCCCAGUUUCCUGUCAUUUCCUCCACAUUGACAAGGCUAAAUGAUGACAGAGAGCAGAAGACAGAGGCAAUCAGCAAAGAGCUGCACAGAGGCACUGAAAAGACUAGCGACAACAGGGAUCUUCUUGUGACCUUAGAUGCCAGGGGUUACGCUCCGGGGGACAUCACGGUCAAACUGGAAGGGCGAAGUCUGGCAGUUGUGGCUAUGAAGCAGGCCGGAGCAGAGGAAAGUCAGUGCUGCUCCUCCUCUUCCUCAUCCUCCAGUGCCUCCUUCUCCUCCUCAGCAUCGUCCCAGAUGGGUUUUAUGCAGAGAAUAGAUCUGCCUGCUCACCUGGAUCUAUCUGGCCUCUCCUGCUCUUUGAUGGAUGAUGGCCAGCUUCGCAUCCACGCCCCAGUGGCCAAGCAGCCAAUCAACGAUGAGGACCAGGUACCAAUCCGGUACAGGACAUCGCUGGAAUUUCCUGUUAAAAAUGACAACACAGAAGAAGAACAUAAAGACUGAAGCUGCAGACUCAGUCUCAAAGUGAGACACAUUUCAAAUAAAGAUGUCCACACUUCCACAGAAAGACUGUAUAAUAAGUAAAGUUUACAUAAAUAUCUUAAAAGCUUAUUUUGAAUAUAUUUUGUAACAUUUUGAAAGUGUAUAAAUUAUUAAAAUAAACAACGAAAAGCAAA